AUGAUCACUCCAGCACUCCUCACUGUCUUCGCCGCCAUGGCCGCCGGCCAGCAGGUGGGCACGCAAAAAGCCGAGGUGCACCCCUCGAUGAGCUGGCAGCAAUGCACCAGUAGCGGGUGCACGACCAAGAACGGCAAGGUCGUCAUCGACUCCAACUGGCGGUGGGUGCACACGGUCGACGGGUACACCAACUGCUACACAGGCAACAAGUGGGACGAGUCCAUCUGCUCGACCAACGAGGACUGCGCGACCAAGUGCGCCCUCGACGGCGCCGACUACCAGGCCACGUACGGCGCGACGGCGAGCGGCGACUCGCUCAAGCUGCAGUUUGUCACGCAGAGCCAGACCAAGAACAUCGGCUCGCGCCUGUACAUGAUGGCCGACGACGACACGUACGAGCUGUUCAAGCCGCUGAACAAGGAGUUCACCUUCGACGUCGACGUGUCGAACUUGCCCUGCGGCCUCAACGGCGCCCUGUACAUGGUGGCCAUGGACGCCGACGGCGGCAAGUCCAAGUACACGAACAACGCCGCGGGCGCCAAGUACGGCACGGGCUACUGCGACGCGCAAUGCCCGCGCGACCUCAAGUUCAUCAACGGCAUGGGCAACGUGGAGGGUUGGACGCCGUCGGACAACGACGAGAACGCGGGCGUGGGCGACCACGGCUCCUGCUGCGCCGAAAUGGACAUCUGGGAAGCGAACAAGAUCUCGACGGCGUACACGCCGCACGCCUGCACCAACGCGGCGCAGCACAUCUGCGACGGCGACAACUGCGGCGGCACGUACAGCGCGACGCGGUACGCGGGCGACUGCGACCCGGACGGCUGCGACUUCAACAGCUACCGCAUGGGCGACACGAGCUUCUACGGCGAGGGCAAGACGGUCGACACCAAGAGCAAGUUUACGGUUGUGACGCAGUUCAUCACGGCCGAUGGGACGGACAACGGCGCCUUGAGCGAGAUCCGCCGCUUCUACGUCCAGGGCGGCAAGGUCAUCCCGAACUCGGUGUCGACCGUCAGCGGCGCCGAGGGCAACGCCGUUAACGACGCGUUCUGCAAGGCGCAGAAGACGGCGUUUGGCGACCGCGACACCUUCAAUGAGAAGGGCGGCUUCUCGUCCAUGACCACAGCCAUGAAGGCCGGCAUGGCCCUCGUCAUGUCCCUCUGGGACGACCACGAGGCCAACAUGCUCUGGCUCGACAGCACGUACCCGAUCGACUCGACGUCUGCGGGCGCCGCGCGCGGCACCUGCGAGACGACGUCUGGCGUCCCGGCUGAGGUCGAGAGAGACUUUGCGAGCUCUAGCGUCACGUACUCGGCUAUUAAGUUUGGGUCGCUGAACUCGACUUUUGCUGCUGCUUAA